CUCUCUCUUUCUGUAAUGAGGCAGCGGAGCUCUCAAAUCUUGUCUGUCACCUACUCUUUCUCUCUAGCCCAGAGGAGACGGAAGUGAGCUUGACGGGGACACGCACACAGCGAGCCGGGCUGCCUUCCAUGUCCAUUGAUUUCCUCUCUUCUACGGAACAUGUUCAAUUCCUCUUCAACAACCUUCUUCCUUCUUCUUUCUGGGAUUUCCUGAAUCUUUUUCUUUGCAAAAUGGUGAAUUCUUCACUGAGAUCCUCGUUUUUCUCUUUCCAACUCUGAGAAAAACGGACGAAAUCGAGCUUCUGGUUGCUUUCUUGCAUCAAUGGUGGCUGCCAUUUCUGGAGCAGCUUCGACCCACUCUCCAACUCCCAAAAUCUCUACCAAUCAGCGUCAUGAACGCCAGCAAGAUCAUCUUAGAAAUCAAGCCAGGCCUCCGUUGUUGCCUUCUGAGAAGGACAAUGGAGUUCUUAAUCGGAAACCGAGAGGUAGACAGGUUCCUUCAAGGUAUAUGUCUCCGUCGCCUUCCACUUCUACUUCUACUUCCUCGACUACUUCGUCUUCGGCUUCUUCUCGUCGAUUUCCGUCUCCAUUGCUAUCUAGGUCCACUAAUUUGACCCCUGCGUCUACUCCAUUGCCUUCCUUGGGACCUAAGCGGUCCCAAUCGGUGGACCGGAGGCGACCAACGGCGCCUCGGUCGAUGACUCCGGUUAUUGAAUCGAGGCACGGUAAUGCGACUGAGGCUGCGAAGCUUUUGGUUACUUCUACGAGGAGUUUAUCGGUUUCUUUUCAAGGAGAGGCGUUUUCGCUUCCGAUUAGUAAGACGAAGGCUACUACGACGCCGAGUUUGAGUAAUGCGAGGAAGGGUUCGACGCCGGAACGGCGUCGGGCGACUCCACUUAGGGAUAAGAGCGAUGGGUCUGGAGUUCAGGUGGAGAAUUCGAAAUUACUUGAUCAACAUCGCUGGCCGGCGAGGAACCGGCAUGCUAAUUUGGAGGGGAAUCCGUUGUCGAGGAGUUUGGAUUGCAGUGGUGAGCAGAAGAAAGUGAAUGGAAUUGGAUCUGGGAUGGUGGUUCGGGGGUUACAGCAAACAAUGCUAGAUGACAAUAGAAGAGCUUCUUUUGAUGGUAGAUUGAGCUUGGAUUUAAGCAGUCCCGAGUUGCUGAAGACCGUUCGGCAAAGCCCAGAUGCCGAUUCUGUGAACGAGUCUUCUGUGCCCUCUGAUCUCACUACAUCUGAUACGGACAGUGUUUCCUCCGGCAGUACUUCAGGCGUUCAAGAUUGUGGUUCGGUUGCCAAGGGAAGAAAUGGGCCUCGAGGGAUUGUUGUAUCUGCGAGGUUUUGGCAAGAGACCAACAGCAGGCUGCGGCGCUUGCAUGAUCCUGGUUCUCCUUUAUCGACUAGUCCUGGGGCGAGAUUGGGAGCCCCAUCAAAGUUUAAUCAGUCAAAACGGUUCUCAAGUGAUGGGCCAAUUUUAUCACCACGAACAAUGGCUUCCCCUAUUCGCGGUGGCGCCAGGCCUCCAUCCCCAAGUAAGCUUUGGACUUCUUCCGUGUCAUCACCAUCAAGGGGGAUUUCUAGUCCUUCCAGGACGAGAAAUGGUUUCGGUGGAUCCUUGGUUAGUAACUCUAUUAGUACGCCCUCCAUUCUCAGUUUCUCUGUUGAUAUCCGGAGGGGGAAGAUGGGGGAAGAUCGCAUUGUUGAUGCACAUGUAUUGAGGCUUCAGCAUAACCGUUACUUGCAAUGGCGGUUUGUGAACGCAAGGGCAGAUGCUACGUUCAUGCUGCAGAGACUAAACGCAGAGAGGAAUGUUUGGAAUGCAUGGGUCACUAUCUCAGAACUACGGCAUACUGUCACACUUAAAAGAAUCAAGUUACUAUUACUACGGCAAAAAUUGAAGCUGACAUCCGUCCUCAAGGGACAAAUAAGUUAUUUGGAAGAGUGGGCUCUUUUAGACAGAGAUCACUCGAGCUCCAUGCUUGGAGCGACCGAGGCUUUGAAGGCUAGUACUCUACGGCUCCCAGUUGUUGGGAAAUCAAUAGCGGAUAUUCAGAACCUGAAGGAUGCUGUUGGAUCAGCUGUUGAUGUUAUGCAAGCAAUGGCAUCCUCAAUUUGCUCUCUAUCAUCUAAGGUAGAAGAAACGAACUCCGUGGUGGCUGAACUGGUUAAGGUGACGGCGAAGGAACGGAUUUUACUUCAACAAUGUGAAGAUUUUUUGUCAACGCUAGCAGCCAUGCAGGUGAAAGAUUGUAGCUUGCGAACACACAUAUUGCAACUGAAUCGAUUUCCAACGAAACAGCAGCCUAACAAAUACGUGUAGAACUGAUAUGAUAUGAUAUGAUCCGAUGAUUUGACUCAACUCCUCACCCGUUAUUCUACUAACAUUACACGGACCCCUUUUCGUUUUUCGACCCGAUGGAGGCCGAGACUGAAGUAACAAGAACAAAUUGGUGGUAUUUAGGAUCUGGGUUUGGUGGCUUUGAUAUUUCUUCACUAUUGUUGUUAUGUGUAUCUCUGUGUAUCUGGAAAAAGAAAAAGAAAGAUUGUAGGGAAUGGCUUUGCAUCCCUUUGAUUAGCUGUGUAAAAGUGCUGCAAUUCUUUAUCCCUUUAGGCAACAAGUAAAUGUCAACGUUGAAUGUGUAUAUAUGUAAUGUUCUCAUCAUUUGAUGAUUCUUGUA